AUGUCAGUAGUUGAGAAGAAACAACUUAACGUAUGUUUUAUUGGACACGUAGACUCUGGAAAGAGUACUGCUGUAGGACAACUUGCUUAUCAACUUGGUGCUAUUGAUAAAAGGCUUAUUGAGAAGUAUAAGAAAGAAGCAUCUGAUAAUAACAAAUCUUCUUUCUUUUUGGCUUAUGCUACUGAUACCACUGCUGCUGAAAAAGAGAGAGGUAUUACCAUUCAGACUUCUCUUAUAAAAAUACCCACUAAUAAAUUUACACUUAAUGUACUUGAUUGUCCUGGACAUAGAGAUUUUAUUAAGAAUAUGGUGACUGGUGCAGCACAGGCUGAUGUGGGUGUAGUUAUGGUACCUGCCACUGGUUUUGAAGCUUGUGUAGGAGAAACUGGUAUUUUAAAGGCUCAUAUUACUAUUUCUGCUGUAUUAGGAUGUUCUAAGUUAAUUGUUUGUGUUAACAAAAUGGAUGAAGUGGAAGAAGCAAGAAGAGAAAGUAGAUUUGCAGAAAUUAAAAAUGAAAUGUUAAGAAUAGCUAAAUUAUAUCACAGUGAUAAAAAUCCUAUUAUUAUUCCUAUUUCUGCAUUCUGUAAUAUUAACUUAGUAGAAUCUAGUCCUAGAUUUGAAUGGUUCCAAGGAUGGACUUGUCCUAAGACUAAGGCUGUAGUUCACACCCUUGAAGGUGCUCUUGACUUCCAAGAGGAGCCACCAAGAAUGAAUGACAAGCCAUUAAGAAUGCCAAUAGUACAAAAACAUAAGAUUUCAGGAAUAGGAUUUGUGUACACUGGUCGUAUUGAUUCGGGAUUUGCAGUACCAAAUAUGCAAGUUUCUAUUGAACCAGCUGGUGUUGUUACUGAAAUUAAAACAUUGGAAAUUCAUAAGGAAGCAAGACAGAAAGUAUAUUGUGGAGAGAAUUGUGGUGUAGCUUUUAAGAAUGCUACUAAAGGAGAUUUUAAUCAAGUUAAACCAGGAAAUGUUAUUUCUGAUGCUAAAAAUAAACCAGUUAAACUUUUUAGAGGAUGCAUUGCUAAGAUAGUCGUAGUUGAUAAAAAGAAAGGUCUUGCUGCUGGAUACACUCCUACACUCGAUCUUGGAAUUAUGCAUGUGCCAGUUAAAGUACAAUUUAUUUUAAAGAAGAAAUCCCCUAAAGAUACUGCACCGGUUGAUAAUCCAGAGAGAAUUGAACAAGGAGAUAAUGCUAUGGUAGUGUUAGUACCUCAGAAGCCUUGUGUUAUGGAAACGGCAUCAGAUUUUCCUUCUCUUGGUAGAUUUGCUUUAAGAGAUUCUAAUAAUAUUGUUUGUAUUGGAAGUAUCACUUCAUUAUGUUCUGAUGAUGAGUUAGAAAAAUAUGGUGUGAAGAUCGAAAAGAAGGCAACUGAGACCAAAAAAGGUAAAAAAUAA